CUCUUCCUCGCCAUCAUCAUUCAACCCCAUUGUAUUCUCUCUUCAAUUGGGACGAGCAAUUGAAAGAACCGUCAUCAUGGCCGACCAGGAGAUCCCCCAUGCUACCUUUGACACCAUCCUUACUCUGGACUUUGGUUCUCAAUACACUCACCUCCUGACCCGGAGACUGAGAGAGAUCAAUGUCUACAGUGAAAUGCUUCCUUGCACUCAGAAGCUAGCCGAUCUCCCUUUCAAGCCCAAGGGUAUCAUUCUCUCCGGUGGUCCCUACAGUGUCUAUGAGGAGGGUGCCCCCCACGUCGAUCCCGCCUUCUUCGACCUUGGAGUUCCGAUUCUCGGUAUCUGCUAUGGUCUGCAAGAAAUCGCCUACCGAUUGGACAAGAGCAACGUCAUCGCCGGCACCGAGCGCGAGUACGGUCAUGCCGACCUGAACGCUAAGCGCCUCGACUCCCAGGGUCACGUCGACAAGCUGUUCGCCGGCAUUGAGGAUGACAUGCUGGUCUGGAUGAGCCACGGUGACAAGCUCGCCAAGCUGCCCGAGGGCUUCCACACCAUUGCCACCUCCGCCAACUCCCCGUACGCUGGUAUUGCCCACGAGUCCAAGCCCAUCUACGGUGUCCAGUUCCACCCCGAGGUCACCCACACUCCUAAAGGCACAACCCUCCUCAAGAACUUUGCCGUCGACAUUUGCGGCGCUCAACAGAACUGGACCAUGUCUCGCUUCGUCGACCAGGAAAUUUCCCGCAUCCGCAAAUUGGUCGGUGAGACCGAUCACGUGCUGGGUGCUGUGAGUGGUGGUGUUGAUUCCACCGUGGCUGCCAAGCUGAUGAAGGAGGCUAUUGGCGACCGGUUCCACGCCGUUCUUGUCAACAACGGAUGCAUGCGUCUGAACGAAUGCGAUAUCGUCUCCGAGACUCUGAACAAGCACCUGGGCAUCAACUUGACGGUUGUGGACGCUUCCAAGCGUUUCUUGGAUGGACUUAAGGGUGUCACCGAUCCCGAGAAGAAGCGCAAGUUCAUUGGUGGCACGUUCAUUGACGUCUUCGAGGAGGAGGCCCAGAAGAUCGAGGCCGAGGCCGAGCAUGCUGGUGCCAAGAUCAAGUGGUUCUUGCAGGGUACCCUGUACCCUGAUGUCAUCGAGAGUAUCUCGUUCAAGGGUCCUUCUGCCACCAUCAAGACCCACCACAAUGUUGGCGGUCUGCCCCAGCGCAUGAUUGAUGGUCAGGGUAUGAAGCUUAUCGAGCCUCUUCGCGAGCUCUUCAAAGAUGAGGUGCGCGCCCUGGGCCGCCAGCUGGGCAUUGCCCACGAGCUGGUUAUGCGCCACCCCUUCCCCGGACCCGGUAUUGCCAUCCGUGUCCUGGGUGAGGUAACCCCCGAGCGUGUUGAGAUUGCCCGCCGUGCCGACCACAUUUUUAUUUCCAUGAUCCGCGAGGCUGGUCUGUAUGACAAGAUCGCUCAGGCCUAUGCCGCUUUGGACCCCAGCAAGGCUGUUGGUGUUAUGGGCGACAAGCGUGUCUAUGCUGAGAUCAUCAUCCUGCGUGCUGUCGAGACUACUGAUUUCAUGACUGCCCGUGCCUUCCCCUUCGACAACGAGUUCCUGGCCCGCUGCUCGACCCGCAUCAUCAACGAGGUCCAUGGUGUGUCCCGUGUUUUGUACGACAUUUCUAGCAAGCCCCCUGCCACCAUUGAGAUGGAGUAAAUAGCGAGUGUAUUACGAGAUUUUCCACAUACUACCCUUUAUAUUAGAGGUACGGAGUUAAUGGUAU